AUGUCUUAUCCGAUCCCUUUUCUUCCCUGCCUUGGCUCGAGAUCCGAGCCAAGCAGUCAAAGCAGAGAAGCCGGCUUUGUUUCACGAUUUGGAAUUGGAUUCGUGCGAUCACAGAUGGCAUCGAGUGAGGGAAUGUUGACUGACGGACAAUGGAAGAAACUGGAAUUAGCGACUCAGAACGCUGAGACUCUGUCGUCAUCUCCGAAAUCUCAUCCUCUGUUUGCUGAUUUGAACAUAAAGUCUCCCACUGGUGGGAAAGGACCAGUUUCUGCUGGGAUUCCUUCUAGGCAUGUGCGUAGGACUCACUCAGGGAAGCAUAUCCGUGUCAAAAAAGAUGGUGCUGGUGGAAAGGGAACUUGGGGAAAGCUUCUUGACACAGAUGAUGACUCCUGUAUCGAUGUUAAUGAUCCCAACUACGAUAGUGGAGAGGAGGUAUAUGAUGGACUUAUUGAUUCACCUGUGUCAGACCCGUUAGAUGAUUACAAGAAGGCUGUAGUGUCUAUCAUUGAAGAAUACUUUAGCACUGGAGAUGUGAAAGUUGCGGCAUCUGACCUUAAGGAGCUUGGUUCGAGUGAAUAUCAUCCUUACUUCACCAAGCGACUUGUCUCUAUGGCCAUGGACAGGCACGAUAAGGAGAAGGAAAUGGCUUCGGUGCUGCUCUCUGCGUUGUAUGCUGAUGUCAUUUUGCCUGAUCAGAUUAGGGAUGGGUUUAUUAGACUUCUCAGGUCUGUUGAUGAUCUUGCUCUGGACAUACUCGAUGCUGUUAAUGUCCUUGCAUUGUUUAUUGCCCGGGCCAUCGUUGACGAGAUCCUCCCUCCAGUUUUUCUGGCUAGAGCUAAGAAGAGUCUUCCUGAAUCUUCGAAAGGGUUUCAGGUUAUUUCAACUGCGGAGAAGAGCUAUCUCUCAGCUCCCCACCACGCAGAGCUAGUGGAGAGAAAAUGGGGAGGCAGUACUCACACUACAGUAGAAGAGACAAAGAAGAAGAUAUCUGAGAUCUUGAAGGAGUAUGUAGAGAACGGAGAUACUUAUGAAGCCUGUAGGUGCAUCAGAGAGUUAGGUGUCUCCUUUUUCCAUCACGAGGUUGUGAAGAGGGCUUUGAUUCUAGCUAUGGAAUCUCCAGCGGCUGAGUCACACAUAGUCAAGCUGUUGAACGAAGCUGCUGAAGAAGGUCUGAUCAGUUCGAGUCAAAUGGUGAAGGGAUUCUACCGAGUUGCGGAGAGUCUUGAUGACCUUGCUCUAGAUAUCCCAUCUGCCAAAAAGCUGUUUGAUUCCAUAGUUCCCAAGGCUAUCUCUGGAGGCUGGCUUGAUAAUUCAUUUAAGGUAAUCUCUGAUGGAGAUGGAGGGAAAUCAGUCGAAGACGAAAAGCUGAGACAGUACAAGAAGGAUAUAGUGAACAUAAUUCAGGAAUAUUUCCUAUCAGAUGACAUUCCUGAGCUAAUCCGUAGUCUUGAAGAUUUGGCGACACCUGAAUACAACCCGGUGUUUCUGAAGAAGCUCAUCACUCUUGCUCUAGACAGGAAAAACAGAGAAAAGGAAAUGGCUUCUGUUCUUCUUUCUUCUCUUCACAUGGAGUUAUUCUCAACCGAAGAUUUCAUAAAUGGUUUCAUCAUGCUCCUCGAAUCCGCAGAAGACACGGCUUUAGACAUCAUGGACGCAUCAAACGAACUUGCUCUGUUUCUAGCUAGAGCUGUGAUUGACGACGUCUUAGCUCCACUUAACCUUGAAGAGAUCUCAACCAAGCUACCUCCAAAUUCAACCGGAACCGAAACAGUCCGCUCAGCUAGGUCUCUUAUCUCCGCCCGACACGCAGGGGAAAGACUCCUGAGAAGCUGGGGAGGUGGGACUGGGUGGAUAGUGGAAGACGCAAAAGACAAAAUCUUGAAACUUCUUGAAGAAUACGAAACAGGUGGAGUAACAUCAGAAGCUUGUCAAUGUAUCCGCGAUCUAGGGAUGCCGUUUUUUAACCAUGAAGUAGUGAAGAAAGCGUUGGUGAUGGCAAUGGAGAAGAAGAAUGAUCGGUUGCUGAAUCUGCUUGAGGAAUGUUUUGGUGAAGGAUUGAUUACAACUAACCAGAUGACUAAAGGGUUUGGUCGCGUUAAAGACAGCCUUGAUGACUUGUCGCUUGAUAUACCGAACGCCAAAGAGAAGUUCGAGUUGUAUGUUGGUCAUGCCAUGAAGAAUGGUUGGAUCCUUCCUGAGUUUGGGUUUUCUGCAACUCAGUGA